AUGUUAUCUUGGAACGAGAGUUGUACUGAUUGUUGUUCGUGGGAAGGAGUCACGUGUGAUGGUCUGACGGGUCACGUGAUUGGGCUUGACCUUAGUUGUAGCCAGCUCUAUGGCAGUAUCCAUCCUAACAGUAGCCUCUUCCAACUCUCUCACCUUCAACACCUCAAUCUCGCCUUCAAUGACUUCAAUUACUCCCACAUUCCAUCAGCAUUUGGUCACUUUGCCAGUUUGACACAUCUCAACCUAUCUCAUUCCAGUUUUGCAGGCUCAAUCCCAUCAGAAAUUCACCACCUGUCCAAACUAGUUUCACUCGAUCUCUCCUAUGGCCAUCAACUAAGACUUGAACCGCACAAUAUCAGAAUGAUGCUCAAAAACCUAACCCAAUUGCAAAAACUUGCCCUUUCUUAUGUAAACAUCUCUUCAGUUGUACCGAUGUCUUUGACGAAUAUGUCUUCUUUGACAUAUCUCGAUCUUAUUUCCACCGGGUUGUAUGGAAAAUUACCGGAUAGCAUUUUUCACUUUCCAAACUUGAAAAUUCUCUUUUUAGGAGACAACCAUGAUCUCACUGGUAAUUUACCCAAAGUAAACUGGAGUAGUAGUAGUUCCCUCCAGCAGUUGUAUCUCGGGUUUUCGAGUUUUUCUGGAGAAUUACCUGAUUCAAUUGGCUAUCUCAAGUCAUUGAAUUUCUUGCAUCUUGCCAAUUCCAAAUUCUCCGGGUCCAUUCCUGAUUCAUUUGGGAACCUUACACAGAUCAUUGCUAUAUACUUAGGGGGAAAUAGUUUCAACGGUCAGGUCCCAUUUACUCUCUCAAAUCUUAAUCAACUCAUUCACUUGGAUCUCCGUCGUUGCGAAUUCUUUGCCCUUUCUUAUGUAAACAUAUCUUCAGUUGUACCGAUUUCUUUGACCAAUAUGUCUUCUUUGACAUAUCUCGAUCUUACUUACACCGGGUUGCAUGGGAAAUUACCGGAUAGCAUUUUUCACUUUCCAAACUUGCAAGUUCUCUUUUUAGGAGACAACCAUGAUCUCACUGGUAAUUUACCCAAAGUAAACUGGAGUAGUAGUAGUUCCCUCCAGCAGUUGUAUCUCGGGUUUUCGAGUUUUUCUGGAGAAUUACCUGAUUCAAUUGGCUAUCUCAAGUCAUUGAAUUUCUUGCAUCUUGCCAAUUCCAAAUUCUCCGGGUCCAUUCCUGAUUCAUUUGGGAACCUUACACAGAUCACUGCUAUAUACUUAGGGGGAAAUAGUUUCAACGGUCAGAUCCCAUUUACUCUCUCAAAUCUUAAUCAACUCAUUCACUUGGAUCUCCGUGGUUGCAAAUUCUCCGGGUCCAUUCCUGAAUCACUCGGGAACCUUACACAGAUCAAUUAUAUAUCCUUAUGGGGAAAUAGUUUCAACGGUCAGAUCCCAUUUACUCUCUCAAAUCUUAAUCAGCUCAUUUCCUUGGAUCUUUCUGGAAAUAAUCUCCGUGGAAAAAUUCCUAAUUUUAUCGGUAAGCUGAUAAAGCUGGAGUUUUUAGGACUUGGAGAUAACAAUUUCAAUGGUCCAUUUCCAUGUGGGGUAGCCAACCUGACAAAACUUGGUUAUUUAGAUAUGUCAAGUAGUGAACUGACGGGUCCCAUUCCCUCCAACGUUAGUAGGCUACACAACCUAGAAUCACUUUACUUGCACAAUAACUCACUGAAUGGGACACUACCAUCUUGGUUGUUGAAUCUUCCGUCAUUGACAGACUUAUACCUGGGUAGUAAUCUACUAACUGGCCAAAUUCCUGAGUUCCAGCAUAAAUCAAAAUUGAUGAGCAUUGACUUGAGUCAUAAUGAACUACAUGGCACCAUUCCACAAUCAAUUUCAAAUCUUGUGAAUUUGACCCAACUUUAUCUUUCGGCAAAUAAUUUUAGCGUUUUGGUAUUGCAUGAUGUUAUUAGUCGAAAGGAUUACAAGGAGAAGUACUAUAAGAGCUUGAUGCCUCUUGGCCUCAAGUAUGCUGAGCUUUUACCUUGGGGAGGAAAGAUUACAAGUGAGUCACUGAGAUUUUUCUCACCAAUUGUAAUAUGGACCAAGUUUUGCCCAAGCCAAUACAACCAUAAUGUCUUAUAUUCUGCAUUCAUGGAUUACUACAAGGCAUGGCUUGACCUGAUGGAACAAGCUUCGGAGGAGACCAGUGCUUCUGAAAUUAUAUGCAAUUGUGAAGCACAACAAUUCUUUAUUCAAUGCUUAUAUUUGCGUCUUGAAGCUGCAGUGCCCAUGCCAAGCCUCCAUUCUCGCCCUUCCUCUAUGUUUGUGCUUGAAGGAACUGCAUCUGUCUCUACCUGCCAUCCAAGCCUUGCAAGCCAACUACCACUACCCCAACGAAGCAGCCAUAAAGACCGUGCUCCGUUACCGCAACCGGGAUUGUAA